AUGACCACCCAAAGAUAUUCAUCCUGGGUUCUGGAACGCAGCUCUAUUGGAGAAUGUCAUCGCUUGAGAUUGGGUUUGAAUAGUGUGGGACGCCAUUCAUCUUCACUUAUACGAAUAUUGGAUUCCCAUUAUGUUUCCCGACAUCAUGCUGAAGUUGAAGUUUCCCAGGAUGAUCAAUCGGUUACUAUUAAGGAUUUGAAUUCUGUGAAUGGCAUAUUCGUUAAUGACGUACUGCAUAAAAGUUCAACGAUCACACUCAAUAAAGGCGAUUCUAUUGGGAUUGGUGUUUCCAUACAAUGUUCAGAGGAAGAUGAAUUAACAUUACCUAUAUAUGAAUUAAAAUAUAUGCCAAUCACAAGAGCAAGGGCUCCUAAUUCUAAUACUGCACAAACUUCUAAAUCUAAUAGUAAUACAAACAGUAACAAUAAUAAACCAUCAACCAGUGCAAAUGUCGAAAGUAAAAUAAAUAGUAAACCUGUCGUAGAGGAGGCAAUUUUAAUAAUUAGUGAUGAUGAAGAUAAUCCGACAAAUAGUAAACCUAAAAAACCGGAAAAUAAUGAAAACUCCAAACAGGAAGAUCAAACGCAAAACAAAGAAGAACUGCCACUGGCAAAUAAUCUUGGAUCGAAUAUCAAAGAAAAUUCAGUUAAAAAAGAAUGCAAUGAAGAUUGCGCAUCAUUGAAAGCAUUGUCCACCAUUGAUAAUAAAGUCAACUCGUUAACAAAUGAAAAGGAAGAAAACAACCAGAAGGUAACUAAAAAGGAAUGUGAAUUACAGACAAAUCAAAAAAUAGUUAGCGAAAAAGAAAAUACCACAAAUACCUCUAGAGAGGAUGUAUCUCAACCAACAGAAGAUAACAGUAAUAAUAAAAUUCACAUACCCAUUAUACCAAGUAUUAAACAAGAACAUAUACACUCGGUAUCGGCCGAUGUAAAGGAUAUUUUUGGCGAAUUGGAUGACGAACAGAAAAAUACUCUAAAAGAAAUUAAUCCAUUGGUUUAUAACGAUCUCAGCGGACGGCCUUUAAUACCAACGGCAAAUAUUAAUAAUCCAAUAGUCAACGGCGAGUGUAUAACUUUACUCAGUGAUGAUGAUACAGCUGGAGAUGAAGAAGAAUUGGGCAUUAUAACAUCAUCUACACCGCCAAAACACGAUGAUGAUGGUGGGGGUGAUGAAGGCAAGCCAACCACCGUUCAAAAUCCUCCAUUAGCAAAAAGUCCAAAUAUUUUUAAUACUUCCUUAAAUGAUUCCUUUGAGGAGACUACCUCAACACAAAGAGCUUUGGAGGUAAUUAAAAAUCAUUUGAAUGCCCAAAAGACCAAGGAAAAUUCAGCAGUGGUGGCCAGUAGCGACAAUGUUGAUUUGGAAGAUUACACAUCGUACGAACCACAUUCCGAUGAUGAGGAUAUUGAAGAGUUUAUGUUUUCUCAGGUCCUAAUCAAUGACAUGAAGGCAGAGUUAAAAGACGAUUUUGACAAUGACUUAGAGGAGGAUAUAACAUCCGCAGAUAACACAAAUGCUGGUGAGCUGUUACCUAUAAAAAUAAAGGAGGAACCCGACUUGGAAAGAAAUGCGUCACUGUUAAAUGAAUUGGAUAAUUCAUGCUGGGUUAUAAGUGAUGAUGAGGACUAUGACAAGGAAUUGGAAUCUAAGGUCUCCGAUUGGUCCAACAAAAUAUUUUCGCAAAGUUUCAACUACAGCAAUCAAUCCCAGAUCUAUGAUUUGGAUGAUAAUCUGAGUGAUGAAGAAGAUAUUGUAGACGAACAGGAAUACGCAAAUCGAGAUGCGAAUUCAAAUAUUAAUGAAGAGGUGGAUGAGGAAGAGGAAUUGGGUUACAUUGCUGAUUUGUACAGCACCAAUAACGAUUUAUCUUCUGCUGAUCAACCGGAUGUGGGUGGUAUAAAAGUUAAGGAAUGUUCGGUUAGCCUUACAAGAUUAGAUGAUAAUCGAAAAAAUACCAGAGACAAAAGUCCAGACUCAAACACAUUUCAAAAUGCUGUUCCUGACAAUGAUUCACCGCUAGUACGGCCCAGAAGAAAAAGUCUAAGUAAAUGUAAAGCAGUGCCUUCAUCUUCUUCUUCGUCCGAAGAUGAAUUUGAAAAAACCAAUGAAAAAUCCAAGAAAACCGUAGAAAAAGCUACAGCCACGCCGGAGUUGGCAAACCACACGGCAGAGCAUCCAAAAGAAAAGUCAAUUACACGGCCACCACCAGCAAUUAUUUCAGCACCCUCUCUACCAAAACAUAAAGGAAAACUUCGAGGAGUUUCUGCCGAAAAGUCUCCAAUAAUUUUGAAAAAUAAAAAAAUUCCUUCACUUUCGAAGAAACUGAAUUCGAUACGUGAACAACUACGUCAUGAUGAAAUCAAUAAAGUGUUGAAAAAGAAAUGGUCGGAAAAGCCAAGUGUGUCCAAAAAACGAGACAAGGAACGUAUAGAAAUCAUAAAGGAAUGCCGAAAGGAUAGAUUGAAACAGCUUGCCGAAAAACACACCAGCCCAACUAAAGAUAAUCUGAAAAGAAAAAGUUCCACAUCAAAUGACCAUUCCGAUAUUAGAACGAAAAAAGCAAAAGUUAAGAUUACGGAGCAUAAUAGGGGUGCAUUUUUGGCACAAGACGAGACGAUGGAGUUGGCGCGUAAAAAUGAAACAAAGAAAUCAUCCACAUCAUCAUCCUCGUCGUCAUCGACAUCGGCUACAUUUAAAAUACCCAAAAUUCCAGCCAAUACACACAAUGAAUUUUCUAACAAAGAACCAUUAAAACGUUCCAACAGUACGGAAACGCUAACGAAAAAAGAUCCCAUCAAACGUUCAACAAGCAUGGAUUGUGGUUUUACCACAUUUUCUCAGGAAAUUUCCAAACCAGAUAAUUUACUACUAAAGAAACCUGACCACGUGACGAAACCAAUCAUACCACCUAAUAGGCGCCUGUCAACAACUGCUACCUCAGGAUCCCAUAAUAUUUCCGAUGCUCCAAACACAACAGCUGCGGCAGCGAGUAAAGAAGCGACUUUACCAAAUAGGCGACUCUCAACAACAACCUCGCCCAAUGUUACACCCGAUACACCCACAGCUGUGUGUAAAGAAGCAUUGGCGGCCCGUGCCCUUCGAACAACCAAUAAAAUUACAUUUGCCUCAAUGGAAAAAAAUAUCAUUGAAUCGGAGAAGAAUAAAACUAAACUUAACAACAUAUCGACACAACGUUGUACUGGUACUGUCCUGACAUCAAUACUUUCACCAUCGAAAAGUGCAGCAAGUAAAAAGAAAACCGUUCGAUUUAAUGAUAUACCUACAAUACACUAUAUUGAAAGGAUUAGUGGAGCACGAAAAGUGGCCGCCAAGGAUAUUUUACCACUGACUACGCACAAGGACCGACGCCAAUUAAUAAGACGUACCUAUCCAAUUAUUGAUAACACCGAUAAAAUUAUUUCACAAAUUCUUGCAUGGAGUGAUGAAUGGUUGGUGAAACGGAAUGCCGCUGUAGAAGCAGCCAGUGAUAUUGUCUACCCCAUGCCAAUACAAUUCAGUUCAUUUGAUCAUUAUAAAAGUAUUGUUUUCCCUCUUAUGAAACUUGAAUUUGUUAGUCUUUUGGAGCGGGAAUAUAAUCUAACAAAAAAUGUCAAAAAGUACAAAGUUGCAUUGGAAUAUGUAACGACAAAUGCCAAUCGUUUGAUGCUAGUCACGAAAUUUACCUAUCAAAAUCGCCAACAGCUGGACAGCAGUAAAUAUGAUUUGGUUAUAUUGGAAUCGAAUAAAAUGAAUACAAAUAUGUUUGCAUAUUUGACAUCGACGCGUAAAGGGGCUGGUACCUGUAAUACAAUGGUUUUUGAAAUUGUACCCAAAAACAUAACCAAAGAUUUCUUUUGUGGCAUACACGAAUUGACGAUACGACCCGUCAUCGAUAAUGUUCGUGUUGAAUUUGGUGCCUUCAAUGCUGUCUAUCAGCUGGAGGCAACACCAUUAUUCAAAAAAAUCCUCGAUCCCCUGGAAAUGUUACAGAGUCGCCAUCCUCCAAAAAAGAAAGUCAUCUAUCGUGGUUUUGACCCGUUAAACGAUAAACAACGUCAGGUGUUAUUGAAUACCUAUGUUCGGAUCAUUGAUGAGACAACACCUAAUGUAUCACUGAUACAAGGACCGCCGGGUACGGGCAAAUCGUGUGUCAUCACGAAUUUAGCAUUGCAAACGUUAUAUGGUGACGAGGUCAGGUGUAUGGAUAAGAAAAUUUUGAUAUGUGCCCAAAGUAAUGCAGCCGUUGAUGUCAUCGCUGGCAAAUUGUAUGAUAUUAGUAUGAGAAUGAGACCGGAAAUUCGUUUUCGUCUUAUACGUUAUGGGCUGCAGGAUAAAAUAAAUCGUUUGGUCUAUCCGGUAACAUUGCAAGCGAUUAUUGAACAUGAACAAAUGAAAAAAAUGAAGGCAACUAAUCCGGAUAUCCCGAUGGAGAAUAAGGAAAAUUUAAAAAACCAAAUUUUACAACUAGAAGCCCAGAUAGCUGAGAUGUCGAAACGCAAUAUAAAGGGUACUGUCGAAGAAGAUAUGCUGCUGGAGAAACAACGUAAGCUACAAUUGAUGCGAAAUAUAUCGACACAAUUUACAAGGCCCGAAGAUGAACGGAGCAUUGCCACAUGGUUUUUAAAUAAUGCCAAUAUUGUGUGUGCCACACUUUCCAGUUGUGUUAAACUUGCUCAAUAUGUAAAUUAUUUUGAUAUUUGCAUUAUCGAUGAAGCAACACAGUGUACCGAACCUUGGACAUUAUUACCCUUGAGAUUUGGAGUAAAUUCUCUGGUCCUGGUUGGUGACACACAACAAUUACCCGCCACUAUAUUGUCAAAGAAAGCGAAUGAAUUGGGUUUGGGUACCUCAAUGUUCACCCGAAUACAAAAUUGUUUAGACAAUAUACCAAGCAUUGCUAGCGGUGCCAAUACCAAUGGCUUCAUAACGAAAGAUCACAUAAUCUGUGGUCUACAGACCCAGUAUCGCAUGCAUCCGGAAAUAUGUAAAUGGCCCAAUCAAUAUUUCUAUCGCAAUGAAUUGAUUAGUGAUCGCAAAACUCAGGACUAUAAAUCACCGCUGAUGCCGUUCUCGGUAUUGAAUUUGGCCUACACGCAAAAUUCAUCAUGUUCGAAUGGAAAAAUUACCAACAAUCUGGAAGCAGAAUUUGUGGCGAAACUGUUAAAGGCUCUCGACGGUUUCAUACCAAAUAAAUAUAAUAGUUAUGGUGUAAUAACACCAUAUGCACAUCAUCGGACAACAUUGGAACAUUCAAUUAGAUCCCUUGGCUUAACAAAUAUAAUGGUGAAUACCAUUGAUUCUUAUCAGGGACUGGAAAAAGAUGUCAUUGUUAUAUCGAAUGCCCGCACAAAUGGUAUUGGUUUCCUAUCGAAUCCUCAAAGACUUAAUGUGGCCUUGACGCGUCCUAAAAAAUGUCUAAUUUUAUGCGGAAAUUUUAAAAAUUUAGAGGUUGUUCCGGCCUGGCGAAGUCUACUGCAAAGUGCUCGUGAACGUAAUCUCUAUUAUGAAAUUUCAACGAAUUGUGUUAAUGAUAUACACACAAAUGUGAUUGAUAAAAUAAGAAUUAAAAAGGAUAUAAAUUCAGAAAAUAAAACCAAACCCAAUAGCGAUACAGUUUAG